CAUUUCUCCAUCAUGGUCUCCCAAACUUCACUAUUUCUUUGAUUUCCAGAUCUCGAAUAGCACGAGAAGAAGAAGAAGAAGAGAGAUAUUUUAAUGGAGGUAGCGAAGAAGGAGAAGAGAAUGGUGCCGCUGGAGGUGCUGCUGAAGAGGGAGCUAUGGAGGGAGACGAUGGAGGAACAGCCGGACAUCCUUUACGGCGUUGUUUGUCAACCUAAGAAGGGUGAGGACUUCACUCUUGUUAAAACUCAGUGCCGCCGCUUCCCCGGUGAUCCCUUCUUCUCCGUCUUCGCGCUUUUUGACGGGCACGAGGGAUGUGCAGCUGCUAUUUACGCUAAGGAGAAUUUAUUAGAUAAUAUACUAUCUGCCAUACCGAAGAAUCAUAGUCGAGAGCAGUGGUUAGCUGCAUUACCGAGAGCAUUGGUUUCUGGGUUUGUUAAAACAGACAAGGAAUUUCUUGAUAGAGCACAACAUUCAGGAACAACAGUGACAUUUGUGAUAAUAGACGGGUGGGUGGUAACUAUAGCAUCAGUUGGUGAUUCUCUUUGCAUACUAGAAUCUGCCGAAGGUUCUGUUCAUUACCUCUCAGAAGAUCAUCGUCUAGAAUUUAAUAAAAAAGAAGUGGAACGUCUAAUAGCAAGCGGAGUUCAAGUUAGGCGUCUUCAUACUGUUGGUGGUACAGAGGUUGGCCCUCUUAGGUGUUGGCCAGGUGGUUUAUCUGUAUCAAGAACAAUCGGAGAUCGAAAUGCUAGCACUGCAAUUGUCCCUAUUCCACAUGUAAAGCAAAUCAAGUUAUCUAAUGCCGGAGGUCGAAUAAUCAUCUCAAGUGAUGGAGUGUGGGAUUCAUUAACUACUGAAAUGGUUCUGAACAUUUCUUGUGGAUUACCUGUAGUUAAAGCAGCUACUGAAAUCGUCGAAGAAGUUGUUCAUUUAAAGGGUUUAAGAGAUGAUACUACUUGCAUUGUUGUUGAUAUAUUACCACCGGAGAAAUUAAGCCCUUCUGUUGCGCCAUCUAUGAAACAGAGAAUGGUGAUACUCAAGUCACUGUUUUUCAAGAAGUCAUGUGAUUCAUCAUCUAAAUAUCAUCGAGAAUUAUCUGAGCCUGACCUAGUCGAGGAAAUAUUUGAGGAUGGCUCUGCAGUUCUUGCUCAAAGAUUAUCUGCAGCAAACUGUCCAAUGCAGUAUAUGUUCAAUCAGUUCAUUUGCGCGAUUUGCCGGAUUGAGAUGAAACCCGGUGAAGGAACAUUCAUAAAUAAUGUUGGUUCAUCAAAGCAGAAAAGAUUUCAUCCUUGGAAUGAACCUUUGCUUUGCAGAGUUUGCCUAGCAAAGAAGGAAGCCAUGGAAGGUAAAAUAAUUAACUGUAUAUCAUCAUGAACUGUUUGCUUUUCAGAGGGUGAGAUUUGUCGAACUUUGAGUUAUUUGCAUGCUAAUAAUGCAUUGCUGAAGGUUCUGAGAUUAAUCAUAUUUAUGAUGGAAAAGGAAAGCAAAGAAACGAGAAUUCAUGCUUCCUGAAAGUAAAUGACACUGGUUUCAUUGUUUGUCA